AUGCGUCAUGCAGCCGUCUCCAUCAGUAUUACCACGCUGACCGACGCUCUUGCCUUCCUUAUAGGAGCCAUUGCACCUCUACCAGCGGUGAAGUACUUCUGCUUUUAUUCGUGUGCUGCCAUCAUCUUCAUAUUCUUUUUCUGUCUGACGAUGUUCGUCGCCUGCUUAUCCUUACAAGGACGUCUGGAGAAACGAAAUAGAAACUCACUUUCGAUGGGACCUGUGAAGGACUUGGCUCGUUUAGAGAAAUUAUCUCUCGGUGAUCUAGCCUUUCAUAUGGGAUCUUUCGUGGAUGAGUCAAUAGACGAGGCCUCCAAAGCCUAUGAUCACAGCAACAAGUCACAAGACAAUCGAAUGUGGUACCAGAAGUUUUUUGAGGAUUGUUACGCACCUUUCAUAGCGAAUCGAUGGACUGUACUGAUGACAGUUAUUCUCUUCGGAACCUACGCCACCGUGGCUGCGAUCGGAUCGCAAAGAGUAAUCGUUGGCUUCGACGUGAGUUGA